UUACCGCCAAUACCGGUAGUCAGCAUUGUCUAGAAAGAAAUUAGGACCGUGGCAACUGCUCGUCUAUUUAAGAUCAGAGUUUGGUUGGGACAAAAUCAAAGCCGAACUGACACGGUUAUGACUUCCCAAGAACGGUUUUUUGAACACACACAUUUCCGUUCGUUGUCUUCGAAUUUAUUACCGAGAAAGCUAAUUUAAUAAGUUGUUGGAUGCCGCAAGAAUCAUACAACAUUAAUAUCAAGAGGUAAGCGGCAAGCGACACGAGUGUUUGUUUAACAAUAAGUUAAAGGACGAAGUAAUAAUAAGACUAUCUGUAGCCAAUGGCCCGGUAAUAAAAAUUUAAGGUGGUAGGUAAUGCAGUUGGCAAGGCGUUCCAGUUUUUUAGUUCAGUGAUUUUCCGGCUAUUAAUUCCAUGGCGGGAGCGAUCUUAUUAUCCACUUACUGAUAGUUGUGUGCAUACCACACGGCUUCGCUUGUUUACUUGGUUACAACUCUUAUCUCUGUUGAUACUAUGUCUAAUUCUUCAAUAAACCUAAAUACAUAGAUAUCUAUGCCUAAAUAGCAUCAAUUGGCUGAAGAGUGGCGCGUUGUUUGGUUGAAUUUUUCACAUAUGGUAUAUAGAUAGUCGUAGAAAACGGCUAAAGGCAUCUUUGAGAAUGAUAAAAUAAUAUAUAGUAGGGUUACAGGCCCGUUAUAGCAAUCGAACUUCAGUAAAUCGUAUCUUGAACAUUAUAAAUAUUCUUUAUGUAUAUUUUAAAAAUCCUCUGCCGUGAAUAGAAACUUUGAACUUGAACGACAUGAACUUGUGGUUAGCUAUAGAGCUCGGCAACGGCCUCUGUACGUAUAGCUCCGUUGGUUAGAGCGCUGCCCCGGAAUCGCAGGGCCGAAGGUUCGAUUCCUGCCAGGGACCUAAAGUUGCAUUUUUCGCAGUUGUUCCUGGUUAGAUCUAACAAAUGUAUAUAAAUUUUUACUCGAUAAUUCCAUCUACAAUGCCCAUAGAUAUAAGAUAUCUAUGACAAUGCCCUUCAACUAUAUUCAAUCUAAGAAAUUAAGUUAGUCCUUGAAUACGGUUUUUAAGUAUACUAUAAGCCUGAUCUGUACUCCUGCAGUGUAGUACAAGAAAGCUAGUCUCAUGGCAGAUUUAUCAGAAAAUACUUAAAUUCAGGUUAUUUCAUUACAAUCCUCCAUAAAAAUUCGGGAAAACUUCCAACUGCCCCCCGGAGGGCAUCAGUCCCGUACGCUUAUGGCCGCAUAGUAUAAGCCAAUUCGUUUGAAAUUUGAAAAAGGUGCAACAGAGAAAUAAAAACACUCUCGCAAUUGUUUAAUAGAUUUUUUUGAAAUCUUGCAGGAUUUUCCGUACUUUGAAAGAUGUCAUCAACAGAUACAAGUCACGCAGGCGAGAUUCUUGAUCGUAUUCAACAUCACAAAGGUGUACGCGGAGUGAUCGUUGUGAAUUCUGAUUCAAUGUCUGUUCGCAGCACUCUGGACAAUUCAGCUACAGUACAAUACAUUGGCAUGGCUAAGACUCUCACUACUAUGUCUCGUAGUCUCGUACGUGACAUCAAUCCUCAAGAUGACCUUGCAAUACUGCGCGUGCGUACAAAGAAGAGUGAGAUAAUUAUCGCACCAGAACGAACUGCUGAUGAUAGAGAGUAUCAAGUGAUUGCAAUACAAGACUACGAGUGAAAAUAAGACUGAUCCAAAACUUUCGUAUAACAUGCAUUAAAAUGAAACACAUAGCAAUGAAAAUCUAGACGAUGACUUCAGUUUACAAAGCACGCUAGGGCAACCUAGGGCACAUACGUCUUAUAAUUUAUUACCACAGCACGGGAUAUCAUAAGUAAUGAAAACAGAAAUGAAAAUUAAAAGU